AAGACUGUGGUCCCAUUGGCAAAUCAAGAACCACUGCCUUUACCACCGCGUCAUGUGUGCUGGAAGGGUCUAGCCCCUCCAUCCGCAGCCAGCCAGCCAGCCAGCAACAACUACCGACAACAACAUCAGCAACCGCAACAGUAUCAGCAUCAGCAACACCACGAACCUCAUUCCAUUGCGUGUCUCCUCUCGACCAGGCAACCCCCGGCCCUGUGUAAUUGCUACCUUUCCCACUCCUUCAGGUGGAACCGACGGGGGGAAACUCUUCUCUCUAUUCCCGAACCCAUAACCUACCAGUUUGCCCUGUUUCCAACUUCCGCCCGGUCUGCCCCUCGUGGGCUCUACCAAUCACGCCCUCUCUCCCCCUCCAUGAUGUCUGGGAUGAGUGGUGUGCGACCGACGCAAUCCGCGGCAUUUGCCUCGACCUUACAUUCCGCCGACUCCGACCGCCGUUCUUCCACCACCACCACUAAUCACAACAACAACUAUCGUCUUCCUCCUUCUUCUUCACAACUCUCCGACGAUCUCUCUUUCGAUUCUCCCAUUUCUCCCGCCGAUUCCUCCCAGGCUCACGACGGCUUACUGCACGAUUCCCUCUUCCCCGAAUGGAAGUCCCCCCGUGAGAGUACCGACUGUUCGGAUGAGAUGCAAAGGAACGAUCCCUUGGCAACUCAGAUAUGGAAGCUCUAUUCUAGGACCAAAGCCCAGCUCCCCAACCAGGAGCGUAUGGAGAAUUUGACCUGGCGGAUGAUGGCUAUGAGUUUGAGACGCAAGGAACGGGAACGCGUCGAGCAAUCGAGUGGGAUCGCCCAGCUGCGUUUGUCUAAUCGAACGCCCACCGCCUUGCAUCAACCCUCCACCACCACCGACCUGGCCGCGGAUCCCAUGAACCUCGAUGACUUCAUUGUCCCCUUUGAAUCCCCCUCCGACCAUCCCUCUCCGGUGGCCACCAAGGGCGAAGCGGCCUCAGCGGCUAUCCCGAUCAAAUCGUCUCGCAAGGAACACCUGGCGGAGCCCACCCCAGUCCCUGCCUCUUUUACCCAUCCGCCUCAAGACCAGCGGAAGAACAGCGAAUUUGGAUACGUGCCUCGUCGUGUUCGGAAAACCAGCAUUGACGAGCGUCAGUUCUUUGGUCUGCAAGUUCCCACCCGCAAGCGACCGGCCGAAGCGUCCCCGCAAGUGCCGCCCAUGUCGAACGCGAUGCUGGCUCACCACGACCCCGACCUGGCGGGCGCUGUGCCCGACUACACACUGGAUGCGUCGUCGGCAUUCGCAUUGCACCAUGCCAACCACCAACCCUCCCAUCCGGCCAACCAGACGAUUGCCAAUAUGCCCUUUGGGCUGGAUACGUUCAACCUUGGGGACGACCCGAUCUUGACCUCGGCUGGCCCCUACCAGACCAACUUCACGUUUUCCCCGAGCGACUCGCCCAUGACAUCCGGAAAUCCGUUCGCCAAUCUGUAUGCGCACACGCCUGUGGCCUCGUCCCUGAACUCGACCGAUUUCUUUUCUCCGCCCCCGUCGGGGUACCAGUCCACGGCCUCGACGCCGCAGCCGGCCUACGAUGGCGAGCACAAUCUGUACUUUGACAUGCCGUCGAUUGAUGCGCGCACGCAGCGGCGGGUUCCCAACUACGUCACGCAUCGAUCUUCGAACUUGUCGGCUUCGUUGCAGCCGCGUUACAUGUACAACCAGAACCAGGACCAGUCGCACCACGCCAGCAACCCUCCCUCGUCGAUGCAUUCGCCGGGCUACCCCAUUCCUCAGCCGCAACACGUGGAUCCGACCCAGGUGCUGGGCGACUUCGGGACUGGUGCUUCCCAUGCAGCCAUGUUCAGCUUCGGAGCGGAUUCGGACAACGAGGACGACGACGGCAAUCAAUUCUCCGACCGGGCCGGAUUGGCCAUGCCCCACGAUCUGGCCGAUGAGGCUGCGGAACUGAGUGCGGGAUUGCAGUGGGAUGCGCAGUUCCCCGGCUCAUUUCACUCCCUGCCUGGCUUUGCGGCUCAGCAUCGGAAGCAUGUGACGAUCGGGUCGGCUGACAUGAUGGACACCCCGAGUGAGUGGGGCCAAGCCGGUAGCCUGGGCCGCACGCACGGGUCGGCUGCCUCGGUCAGCGAGGUCCGCAACCGGGAGCAGGAUCCCCGUCGACAGAAGAUUGCCCGCACGACCUCUAGCCCCAACACCUCGCAACUACUGCGCCAGAGCAUGAACGCCAAUAAUACCUCUCAUACGUCGCCCAACACCCCGCCCGAGUCUGGAUUGAGCAGUGCCGUGCCCUCCCGUCCGGCCAGCCCCGGGGGUUCCAAGAACGGCGAGAGCAGCGGGCCGACCACCUGCACGAACUGUUUCACGCAGACGACCCCCUUGUGGCGGCGCAACCCGGAGGGACAGCCGCUGUGUAACGCUUGUGGCUUGUUCCUGAAGUUGCAUGACGUGAUCAAAAAGCGCAACCGCAGCAGUGCCAACAGUCUCGCGGUGGGUGCGUCGCGGUCGUCCAAGAAGUCCGCGCGCAAGAACUCGGUGCAACAGGCGAGUAGUGGCACGACCUCGUCGGAGUCCCCGCCUGCCAUGUCCAGCGGCCCGCCCUCCUCCAGCCGUGCUGCGGGAGUGGUGCCCAUUGCGGCUGCGCCCCCGAAGUCCACCCCGUCGACGUCCUCGCCUGGCCAGGCUCGUACCUCGGUUCAGGCCACGGACGCGGACGCUGUCGAUGAUCCGAGCAAGUCGAGUCUCUCGUCGGCGGGUCGCUCGAAGGUAGUCCCGUUGGCGCCGGCCAUGCCCCCGGCUGCUGCCAACCCUGUCAAUCACAGUAUUGCUGGCGGUCAGGGAGCCAGUCAGGAGUGGGAAUGGCUGACGAUGAGUUUGUGA